CAACGCGAGGUGGUGACGUCAACCGAGCGGUGCACUCGUCGCGGGAUUUGCGCGUCAUUCAGGGGCGCUAAAAUGGCUUCAGUGGCUUGGCUGCAUGGCCCCAACAUAACGCGCUUAACAGAAGGACUAGUGACUGUCCUGAAGGAAGAUAGACCUGAAUAUCUACCUGCACUUCUAGCAAACUACCGUGAGCAUGGAGUGGUUGGGACUCAGAGCACGGGAGCUGUGGGUGGUCUGGUGGGCAUCAGUAAUGCACGCCUCGGGUCCAGUAAGACCAGGUUUGAGGGUCUCUGUCUCCUGUCCAUGCUGGUGAAGGACAGUUCGAGUGAAGUCUUCCAGCAGCAUUGCCUUUCAUGGCUGCGAACACUGCAGCAGGUCAUUCAGUCGCAGGCCCCUCUCCCCACCGUGCAGCUUGCUGUGAGUGUGCUGCAGGACUUGUUGCAGUACUCAUCCCAGAUGCCAGAGCUGGCCAGGGAGGUGGGACUCAACUCCAUCCUGGGCAUCCUGACCUCCCUGCUCAGUCUCAAAUCUGAGUGCCACCUAGCUGCUAUGAAAGGAAUGAUGGCGUGUAUGCUUUACUACCCACGGGCCUGUGGAUCUCUGAGGGAGAAGCUUGGAGCGUAUUUCCUCUCUAAAAUGGACUCUGAUAAUCCUAAAGUUCAAGAGGUGGCUUGUGAAAGUUUUGGCCGAUUGCCGUGUCUCGGUGGGGUGUUGGAGCGAGGGGGAGGAGGGCGCAGGGCUGAGGGCUGGACCAAUCAGCUGCACUGCCUUCUAGCAUCAGCCAGUAGCAUGCUGGGACAGUUAUACCAAGGUGCAGAAACAGAAGGACCAGUGCAGUAUGAGGGUCCUGGUGUUGAACUGCCUUUCCCUCCCCUGGAUGAUGUAGAUCCACUUCUGAUCCUUCAGCUCCAUCAUCGUUACAAGGCCAUUUGUCUGGCUAUUAAGCACACUCUUAGUGCUGAUCCUGCGUCUUCAGUUCGUCUACCUGUUCAGCAUGUUCUCAAAUUGGUGUGUCAAGCUCUAGCAGUCAACACAAAGAGCAUCAGUCCAACAGGAGAGGGCUGUCUGAAGCUGUUGGUUUUACCCUCUAUACACAACGACACGCUAGAGCUUCUCUCUGCUCUCAUCAAAGCUGUUGGUGGUGGACUGGUCCAGUAUAGCAGUGUGCUCACACGGCUUCUCUCACAGUCUCUGUCUGCGUGGACACCUCUGCCUGAGGCUAGUCUGGGCCAGCAAAGAGCGUACAGUGCAGUGCGAGUGACCGUGUACCGUACCAUUGAACUGUGGGUAAGAGUAGGAGGUGCCUCUCUGCUUCAGGGAAGCCCCACCCACACAGAGUUACUGUUCACUCAUUUGAUGGGUGACAUCACGCCAGCAUCAGAAGCUGUCAGGCUCCGGUCCGGACAACAGUCACAGUCUAUGAAUGACCUGAUUGGUUCUGCUGGCAAGUCAGGCCCUCGUCGAACGAAAGGAUUGGUAAUGGGAGAUGGAAUAUCACUACAGAGGAAAGGAGAUGUGCUAGCCAAUCAAGACACAUGUGUCGCUGCUCUUCGGGCAUUAAGACAGAUCAUUUUGACCAGUGGAACUUUGUUGAAAGAAGAUCUGCAUAAGAGGAUCCAAGACCUGGUGGUGCCUCUGUGUGUGCGUCUGCAGCAGCAGUCUCGCUGUGUGCUGGAUGUCGGUGCUGUCAGUGGUCAGUAUGGCAGCCCUACUCCUCGUCGAGAGCUCUACCGACUCUUACUGGCACUUGUGCUGGUGCCCUCUUCCCGCUGGCCGCCUCCUCUCUCCUGCGCUGUGUCUGUCUUCAGCCACGGCCGGAGAGAUCACAACAUCAUGGUAUCGUCAUUCUGUGCUGAGGCUCUGACUAUAUGCAACACCCUUAUUCAUCCUCGUACACCUUCAAUCUCUCUCCCUCUCACACCUCUGACUCUCAAAUCUGCCCCUGUCCUUGCCUCUGGCCAAAACCACUCACUGUCCAUCCCUAACCUCCUUGGUGGACCACCUUUCCCGUCCAGGCAUCCCAUGGGCUUAGGUCCUGCUACCCUGCUUGGUUCUUUGGAGAACCAUCUACCUAUGGCUCCUCCGGUUCUUCCGACUCCUGCAGGCACUACGGCCACCCCAGGUGACUUGCUGCUCUCUACAGCUCAACCCAGUGAACUGGCAGGUCUCGGAGCCCCUGAAGGUCAACGACAAGUUUUUGUCCGCUACGAAAAAGAGGAGCCGGAAGAUGUAGAGAUCUCUUUGGAGAGUGAUUCAGAUGAUAGCGUGGUCAUCAUGCCAGCGGGUAUGAUGAUGGAGACGCAAGAUGGAGCGGCAAAUGCACUGUCGUUGUCCCAGCCAGCAGUUCCUACCCCUAUAGUGGGUGAGGUUGGAUCGGUUGACACUUUGCUGCCUAAUGAUCUGCAAACUACCAUUCCCCACCAGAUUCUGCCAGCUAACGCUAAUAACAUUAACUCUUUCCCUGGACCAAGCCUGACAUCCCAGCUCGUCUCUCUGGUGCCUCCUCUGAACUCAACUACAGCUUCACUCUCAGCAUCACCUGCCGGACUUGCAGACUCGCUGACAGGUGGUCCACAACUUCAGCAGAUGUUGAUGCAAACUUCUCCAGGUGGGCAGCCACCUACGUUGGGCUUGUCUUUACAGAUUCAGCUUCAGAACCAGAUUGCUCAGACCAGCCGUCAGCUCCAGCAGCAACCCCCAGCAAAUGAGGUGGACCAGACCGUAAUUAACAUCAACAGCUCAGAUGAUGAUGAAGAAGAGGAGCUGGAGGAGGAUGAAUUAGGAGAGGAGGAAGAGGAAGAGGAGGGCCUAGAGGAAGAGGAGGAGGAAGAGGAAGGCAGCGACUUAAUGGAUGAAGAGUACUAUGAGGGAGAGGAAUUUGAAGAAUAUGAAGAGGAGGAUGAUGAGGAAGAAAGUGAGGAGAUCCAGCCAUUGGAGGGAGACAACAGCAGUGGGAUGAUGGGCGAGGAGGAUGCAGAGGUCAUGAUUGAGGCGGAGGACCAGCAAGGGAUGGAAAUGUUCUGCAUGGAAAGAGAACGACAAGUAGAACCAGGGAUCGAGGAGAUGGAGGGUGUGAGGAGUGUCUAUGCAGAAGACCGGAUCAAGGACAAGGGGACCGUGGAGGAAAUUGAGAACAUUGGAGCGGUUGAGAGAAACGAACCUGUGGUUGGCAAGGAACAAAUAGAGAGUCUUGUAAUCAGUGGAGAGACUGAAGGCCAUGAAGAGGACACCACUGUGGAGGCAGUUGAACCUGAAGUGAAAACAUGUGAGCAGGAAGUUGCAAAACCAGAAGAUCCCCCAGAUAAUGAUCGGCCGUCACAACAGGACCAGGAAUUGACUGUUGAAGUUCAAAAGCAAGAACCAGAAUUACAGCCCGAAGACGCAACCAAUCAGAGCGCACCAUCCACGUCCGAGCAAGAGGCGCAGCAGAGUGUAGCUGUGACCGAAGAGGAAGAGGUAAAGAAAGAGACUGGUGAACAGGUAGAAGAUUCAGACGCAAAGGGAACAAAAAGGAAAAUGGAAGAUCGCGAGGAAGGAGAAUCUUCUGAACAAGGCACUGAAAAGAAAAAGAUGGAUGAGGCAAUGGCUUGCAUGCUUGCUGACUUUGUUGACUGUCCACCAGAUGAUGACGAUCACGGUUCCUCACAAUCCCAGUCUUAACACGACCAAACUUCUCUUUCACUCAGUUGUCACAUUAAAAGAGCUUUCCAAUUGAUAGUGAGAUCUCGUAAGGACCCUCAUGGUCAUAUUUGACUGAUACUGUUGCCUCAAACUCUGCAGUAGUUGCACUAGAACAGCUCCGGAUUGGUUUCUUUGAUGAAAGAAUUUUAGGUUGUCAGGUUAAAAAAAAAAACUUCAAUACCAUUGAUAAUGUUAAAGACUGCAAAAAGUUCAUACGUUGAAAAAAAAAAAAAUGUUUGGUGGUCAUGAUUGAAAAUUUUCUUUUUCAGGCAGCUUAAUACAAGUAUGAUGAUACUGCUAUCGCUAGUAUUCAAAAGUGCUUUUAUCAGUUGAACAAUGAGUCGUGUUUUGUGUCCUCUUUUUUUUUUGUAACAUCAUUUGUACAUGUAACACUUAUUCUUGGAAUUGUUAAAAUAAAAUCAUGCAAUAAAGUGGAGCUGUUAUGGCA